GUCUGGUAUUCAAGUAACAAUUUUCUAUUGGUGGGAAUAUUCUCUCGAGUUUAUGUGAGAACUUGGUCAUAGUAUAUGCAAUAUUAUUUCAUCAUUGCAAUUCUGUAAAAUAGUUUUGGACCAACUGAAUUCCAGUUUUGAUUGCGUGAUUGAAGGCCAUACUAAAAUCUAAAAAUGGCUAAUAAAAUCGUAGAUUCAGCUUAUGUUCAGCUUUAACAGCCAUGAGGCAGUUAAGCUAUUCAGAAAUUCCAAAUAGUAUGGCCCUGUUUGCUUGUGUCAGUUGCAAUUCUGUUUGGUACUUUUGAGUGAAUGCCCAUAUAUAUAUUGGUAUCUUAAGUAACUUAGUGGCUGGUACAAAAGAGAUAUUUAGAAUGAAAUUGAAUGUAGAAACAGUAGUGGGAAGAAGCUGGGAUGUUUGUGGUAUUCAUGUGGUAGGUUAUUACACCAUUUUUAUAUAUGUAGUUGAUUUUAAUCCACAUAGUUUUUCUACCUAUAGUAUCGGGAAUCAAACUCACUUGAGUCAAGGGAUGUCCUUGCACAUGAAAAAUACAAACCCAUUGGUAAAAUCUGGUGAAUGAUAAAAUCCAAUAAAGAAGGUUGCAACUCAGUUGUAAACAUGAUGAGCAAGUGGAUAUUAUAUGAUCAUGUAAGGAGAAACAUGUUUGAAAGUCAGACAUACACCAAAGGCAUAGAUUCUAGUUGAACAUAAUACAUGUACAGGCAAUCCCCGGCUUUUGACGGGGUUCCGUUCUUGAGACACGACGUAAGCAGGAACAUUGUCAAAACUCCAAAGAAAACCUUACUUUUAAUGCUUUGGGUGUAUUUAAAACUAUGUAAACUACAUUUUUAUUGCAUUUUUUAUCAAAAAAACUUCAAAUAUUGAAUAUUUGUAUUUUUGGAGUCUAUUUCUUAUGGCAGAUUGGCGCCGAAAGCGCUGUAACCCUGGAACGUGUAGCUUAAACCUGGAAAUAAUUUCUGAUGAAUAUGAUUGAAAAGCAUUGUAACCUGGAACACUGUAAGCUGAACCCAUUCCUGAUCGGGAAUUUGAGACUUUCCUCCCAGAAAGCAUGAGAGCGCCGGUGAUUCAUGUUUUGGGGAAGCCACCUCACGAAUACAAAGGUGGUUCCAGCGGUUAUUCCAAUCACUAUGAUCAUCCUCACCCAACAAAUUGGGAUAAGCGAGGAUCCAGGUACCAUGAAGACUGGGAAAAGAGAGGCAGCCUUGGUAGCGGUGGUGUGUUGCGCAUAAAUGAGAAUGCCAGGAGUGCCAUAUUUUCACGGGAUUCUGGACGACCGCCUGGACGUCUGGUCGAUGCUGAAGGGGGAGAGAAUGAUAGUUCUCAAAGUCCCGGUGGUGUUUUGGCUUCCACACCUGUGAUUCUGUCAAGAACGCGUAGCACAAGUGAACAGCGAUCAACGUCACCCAAUCCAUCGGUGACAGCUGCAAGGAAAGAUUCUGUGCCAAAUGCAUCAGGAAGCUCAUCUACUACCCAGCAUUUCCAAAUUGCUUCAAAGCCAUUGAUGAUGGAGGCCUCCCUGAUGCCAGAGAGGAUUAUGAAGGGGCCGACUCGUCUUCUGGAUGAAAGCUUGACCUUGUGUGAUGAUUUGAGUCCAUAUCUUUUAGAUCAAAGUAAUUUCCUUGUUGUUGCCAUGAUGGGAACACAGGGAGUGGGGAAAUCAGCCUUGGCAUCCCUUUUUGUUAACCCUGGCAUAGAUAUUAACAAAACUAGGUAAGUCUUUUGUCUUUCU